AUGCUAUCCAUUCUCUCUCCUUUCACUCUUGUUCUAUUCUCAUUCCCUUUCUCUUUUUUCACUCUAUUUCCCUUUCUUCCUUUCUCCCUCCCUCUUUCUUCCUUUCUCCCUCCCCCUUUCUCCUUCUUCUCCCUCCCCCUUUCUCCUUCUUCUCCCCUCCCCUUUCUCCUUCUUCUCUCUCCCCUUUCUUCUUCUUCUCUCUCUUCCGCUUUCUUCUUCUUCUUCUCUCUCUUCCCCUUUCUUCUUCUUCUCUCUCUUCCCCUUUCUUCUUCUUCUCUCUCUUCCCCUUUCUUCUUCUUCUCUCUCUUCCCCUUUCUUCUUCUUCUCUCUCUUCCCCUUUCUUCUUCUUCUUCUCUCUCUUCCCCUUUCUUCUUCUUCUUCUCUCUCUUCCCCCUUUCUUCUUCUUCUUCUCUCUUCCCUUUCUUCUUCUCUCUUUCCCCUUUCUUCUUCUUCUUCUCUCUCUUCCCCUUUCUUCUUCUUCUUCUCUCUCUUCCCCUUUCUUCUUCUUCUUCUCUCUCUUCCCCUUUCUUCUUCUUCUUCUCUCUCUUCCCCUUUCUUCUUCUUCUUCUCUCUCUUCCCCUUUCUUCUUCUUCUUCUCUCUCUCCCCUUUCUUCUUCUUCUUCUCUCUUUUCCCUUUCUUCUUCUUCUUCUUCUCUCUCUCCCCUUUCUUCUUCUUCUUCUCUCUUCCCCUUUCUUCUUCUUCUCUCUCUUCCCCUUUCUUCUUCUUCUCUCUCUUCCCUUUCUUCUUCUUCUCUCUCUUCCCCUUUCUUCUUCUUCUCUCUCUUCCCUUUCUUCUUCUUCUCUCUCUUCCCCUUUCUUCUUCUUCUUCUCUCUUCCCUUUCUUCUUCUUCUUCUCUCUCUUCCCCUUUCUUCUUCUUCUUCUCUCUUCCCCUCUUCUUCUUCUUCUCUCUCUUCCCCUUUCUUCUUCUUCUUCUCUCUCUUCCCCUUUCUUCUUCUUCUUCUCUCUCUUCCCCUUUCUUCUUCUUCUUCUCUCUCUCCCCCUUUCUUCUUCUUCUUCUCUCUCUUCCUUUCUUCUUCUUCUUCUCUCUCUUCCCUUUCUUCUUCUUCUUCUCUCUCUUCCCCUUUCUUCUUCUUCUUCUUCUCCCUCCACCUUUCUUCUUCUUCUUCUUCUCCCUCCACCUUUCUUCUUCUUCUCUCUCUCUCUCCACCUUUCUUCUUCUUCUCUCUCUCUCUCCACCUUUCUUCUUCUUCUCUCUCUCUCUCCACCUUUCUUCUUCUUCUCUCUCUCUCUCCACCUUUCUUCUUCUUCUUCUCUCUCUCUCCCCUUUCUUCUUCUUCUCUCUCUCCCCUUUCUUCUUCUUCUCUCUCUCUCCCCCCCUUUCUUCUUCUUCUCUCUCUCUCCCCCCCCCUUCUCUCUCUCUCUCUCCCCCUUUCUUCUUCUUCUCUCUCUCUCUCUCCCCCUUUCUUCUUCUUCUCUCUCUCUCCCCCUUUCUUCUUCUUCUCUCUCUCCCCCCUUUCUUCUUCUUCUCUCUCUCUCCCCUUUCUUCUUCUUCUCUCUCUCUCCACCUUUCUUCUUCUUCUCUCUCUCUCCCACCUUUCUUCUUCUUCUCUCUCUCCCACCUUUCUUCUUCUUCUCUCUCUCUCUCCACCUUUCUUCUUCUUCUCUCUCUCUCCAUCUUUCUUCUUCUUAUUCUCUGUUUCCUUUUUUCUUCCUCUCUCCCAUGCUCUCUUUUCACUUUCCAAUUUUUCUAUAUUAUUUUCUCAUGGACAUUUUUUUUCAAUUUCAAUUAUCUAUUCUUUCUCUUUUCAUCACUAUUUCUUUAUGAUCUUUCUAUUACUUUUCUUUCUUCUUUGACUCAUCCUACUUCUGUCUUUUUCUUCUUUCUUUCUUUUUUAUUAAUUUUUUUCUCUUUCUAUUAUUACCAUUCUUACUUUUUUGUCACCUUCUUCUUUUUCUUUCCCUUUUUCAAAACUUUUUGCCUUUCCUCCUAA